AUGGCCCGCUACUCCAUGUACAGCGAGCAGUUCUCGCGGGACCGCUCCUCUGUGGCGCCUGGGUCACAUCGAAGCCGAAGCGCCUCGGUCGACCGGCCAUAUAGACCGUCGCACGCCUCGUUUAGCACGCCGCGGCCGUCGCCAGCUACCUUUACGCACAGCGCAACCCCCAGCACCGAGAGUAGUGUGUCCAACGGGACGUCCAGUACAACGACAACCAGUUCUCUCAGCCCCUCAAACUCCGCGUCACAACUGGGCUCGCGGAAGACAUCGUCAAAAGACCGAAAACCAAGGAGGGACACGCGCAAUCUCGGCGGCGCAAAAUUGACGGCAAGUUCUCUGGCACAACUCAAGGAUCUGGAAAGCAAUGGCGGUGGUCCACGACGCGGGUCGAAGCGACCGGGGCUCAUUGAUGUCCCACUGCCAUGGCGGCCGUACUAUCUCCAACGCAAGAUCCUGAGCGCCUUCUUUGCCGUCUUUGCCGCCUGCAUCAUCGUGGCAGAGGCUCUGCUGGACUACUCAGGACGCAAUGCGGGCUUGCUCGGAGAGACAAGCACAAGUCUGCGGUACUUGCUCUCGCUGGUGCCGCCCGCCGUCUUAACAUUAAUAGCAACCCUUUGGAGUCGCGUCGAAUACCAGGCCAAGAUGUCUGCGCCAUGGCUGCAGCUAGCAAAGGGCCCCAACUCGGCCGACAAGACGCUGCUUCUCGACUAUUUUUCCAUCCUUCCGCCCCGUGAUGCGUUCCAGGCAUUGAAGAACGGCGAUGUCGCAGUGGCAUGUGCCUCGAUGAUUGCCGUGCUUCUGAAGACGGCCAUUAUUAUUUCGACUGGAAUGAUUUCUCUCACGGUGCUCUCGAAUACGGAGCAGACGACGUCCGUUACUCUGACAUCAGAGUUUGUAAACGACGGCUCGCGGCUGUCCACGAUUGGCAACAUCCCGCUCCUGACCAUGGUCGGCCUGCAGCGAGACAAUCUCACGUUUCCCGACGGCACGUCGAGCAAGUUUGCCUUUCAGGAGUUUGCUUCUCACAUGUCAAGCAGCACACAGUUUCAGGCCACCGUGUCGGGCUUCUCUGGCAGUAUCAACUGUGCCCCCGCGCAGCUGACACUCAACGGCAUCCAAAGCCCACGAACCGGCGUCGUCCGAUUCAACACGACAUUGACCGCAGAGGCGUGCACAGUCAAUGUUCCCAUCAUCAGCUCCAGCUUUAGCGGCAACAAUGGUUCGACCAGCCGAACCCAUGUCGUUGCUCGUAUGGCCCAUGCUGCUUGUGACAAUUCGUCGGAUAUGUCGGCGCAGAGAGUCGUUGUCUUCUUUGGCACGGCCAGCAUCGAUGCCAAGGCAGCCAUUGGCGGCAACAACCAAACCGUUAACGGGUCGAUUGACGACUCGCAACAACUCAUUUGCCGACCAUCGUAUGCCAUCAGCCAAGUCGACGUCGUGAAGAACGGCUCAUACAUUGACAGCGUGGCCCUCAACGCGUCGCCCGCGCCCCAAGAGUUGUCGAAUGUUCAACCAUGGGACAUUGCCCAAGCCCACUUUGACUCUCUCACUGGACCAGCAGCCGCCAGCAUCAGCGACACCAACUCGCCCUACUUCGCAUCCUCCGCCAAUGUCAACGUCAACGUCGACACACCAAUGUACCUCGCCUUUGGCAUACAAGGCCAGGAAGAUGACACCACGGACGCACCGGCCACGCCUUCUGCCGCCUAUCUCGACGCCGAUACUUUACAGGCUCUCGCCCAGAGCUAUUUUCUGCAGUAUUCCGCGCUCAUCGCUCACCAGGCCUUAAUGCAGCCAGCGGCGAUUGCCACGACCUGUACAGCAUACAUUGGGGGCGAUCGACUCGUCGUGAGCAUUAUCGCUGUCCAGACAGUGACGGUGCUCCUCUCCAUUAUUCUCCUUUUCAACAUUGUCGCCAUCUGCGUCGUGCCUGGCAAAGGCUACCUGCCGCGGGACCCGCAGAGUCUGCUGGACGUUGCCGCCUUGCUGUCCCACAGCCAGCCGCUUCUACAGGCCCUGCGCGGUGCUGGCGGUGCCGACAAACGUGCACUACGCAGCCGUGUCAAAAUGAGCACCUACUACACGGGCGUUGAGCCAUACGAUCGAGGCUCGGCGGAGACGGGAAAGGGCAACUUUUGCAUCUUCAGCGACGUCGACCACCCCGAGCCAGAAAUCCGGUACACGGAGCCUACCAGCGGCUGGCACCAUCCCUUUGGUCUGCAUCCGCUGCAGCGUGUGGUGAUGUACGUGUUUCUCACAGGCCUCUUUGCCGGGUUAGAGAUUGCGCUGCGCAUUUCAAGCAGGAAUGAUGGGUUUGGGACGCUUGAGACGGGCACCUUCAAGCACUUCCUCUGGACCUUGCUGCCGGCGUUCAUCGUCACAUGCGUCGCCAUCUUCUUUGCCACGGCUGACUUCCAUGUCCGCGCUUUGGCGCCCUUUGCGGAGCUGACGAAGCCAUCCGGCGGGUCCAUGGCGAAUAUGAUAUCGGGCCUGCUGGACCGCACGGCACCCACGGCGGUGUACAGGGCCAUGCGCAUGGGGUGCUACACUGUGGCUGGGUCUUCUGCGGCCGUGGUGACGGCGACGCUGCUCCCCAUCUUCGCCGCGAGUGUGUUCACAGCGCGAACCGUUCCAGUCUCGUCCGAGGUGCAGCUCAUCACACAAGACUUCUUUUCCAACUCGACGAAUCCGCCACUGAAUUCUUCCGCGACGUGUCCAUCAUGUGCGGACGGCAUGACACUGGCUUCGCUCGUGCUGGACGGGAACCUGUCGUAUCCCGAUUUUACGUUUGAAGACCUGGCGUUCCCGGCGCUGGCCAUAGUUCCGUUGAUUGGCGUGAAUGAGACGGACGAUCUCGAGACCACCACGACGGUACCGGCUGUGCGGUCGGCCAUGUCCUGCAGCUAUUACGCGCAGAAGGACAUUGUCGUCAACCUGACCACAAACUACCGCAUUGGCGGCAUUGUGAACCCAUUGCGGAUCAACUUGCCCGGCGAACCCAGCCUCGGCAGCAGCGAGUUGUUGUCCAGCACACUCGUGCUCGGAACAGCACCGCCACUCACAACAUUCAAUAGCUCGAAUGUUACGACGUCCGUACGCGUCCCUGCGACGUCACCGGCCGCAGCGUCUCCCGCACCCAUCCGUUCGGAUGCCAUUUUUGGUGUUGCUGCGUACCGGCCAUUCCAGGCCGCCAACGGCUCGCUCAUCACCCACUGGGUCUAUGCCUGGGGCCAGCUCGCCAACGCCAACACCAACCAGACGACGGUGCAGACCAUCUCGGCCCUUGCGUGCAACGAGACCAUGGAGCAGCUCGACGUCCAAGUCGCCUUUGACGGCGCCACACUGGACAUCAACCCGGACUUGCCGCUCCGGCGCAUGGAGGCCACCGUCCAACCAUCCGAUGCUGCCCUCAGCACGACGCUCAACUACAGUCUACUCGGCAACACGAUGACAGCAUCGCCGAACCUGCUCGACAACUUCUUCGGCACGCUCGUCUCGUCCCGGUUUGGCCUUCCUGUCGCGACGCUCGGCGACGGCAACAGCACCAGCGCCAGUGGGCCCGGCACGCAAAACAACUCGGUCGCCGAAGCCAUCCUGAAACAGCACGGCAUUCUGCGUGCCCAGGUCGUCAGCGCCUUCAACCGGCGGCCCACGACGGCAUCCUCGCGCCCCGCCGCCGUCUUCCCGCUCGACAGCAACGGCACCGCCAUGGGCAAUGCCACGCAGAUCGGCUUCACGGGCCACCUCACGAGCGUCUCGGACGGCACGCGCCGGCUGCUGCAGGACGCGCCCACGACGCGUGUCCUGCAGACGCUGCUGGGCCUCGUGCUGGUCUGCUCGCUGCUCAGCUGGAUCACGUUCCCUGGGCCCAGCAACGUGCUGCCGCGGCCCAUCACCAGCAUUGCGAGUGUGGCUGCCUUGCUGGCCGACGGCAACGUGCUUGGCUACUUUGGGCGCGGGCCCGAGUGGCAGACGGUCGACCAGCUCGUCGAGCCGUUUCGCGACGGGCUGGCCGUGACGGCCGGGUUCACGCUGGGCUGGGCGCGCGCGCCCUUGCGGCGUCGGCAGCGGCAGCAGCAGCUGCAGGAGUACGCGUCGUCCAUAUGGGGCGUCCCCGACAAUGCGCACGACGAAGAGCUGUUUGGGAUCAAUGCGGCGCGGACCGGCGGCUGGGGCGGCGGCGAGAAUGUCGGGCUGGGGCUGCAAGCACGGGUGGGCUAUGCCCAGCGCGGGUACGUGGCCAACUGGGCCCAGCAGGGGAAGUGA